AAUAAUAUAUUCGUAGGAGUCUCAACUUCAUGUUAACAAUGGUGACAAAACAAGCAGGAAUCUGGCGCUUUUGGGUCCUUUCAUUCGUCACAAUAACAGAAAGAACUCAAAGAAAAGAUGAAGCAAAUGUGGAAAUUAAACCAAAAAUGAAAGGAAAAACUAAUAAAGAAUUAAUAAGGGUUCAGAAUUUCAGACAGAGAGCCGCAAAAGUGGGGUGUUUAAUGGGUCCAGCCUUCACUAAGAACCAGGAACAAACAACCUUCUCUGAUCCUUACCUCCUAAAUUCAGUUAACAGCAAAGAAAAAGAAGGAAAAGACCCUUCUAUUUUUAUUUGUUUUUGGGACUGAUUUUUUUUUGGUUGUCUCAACUCAAACACGUGUAAAGUCUAUGAGCUCCAUGCUAAACUGCUUAUGGCUUUCUCUGACAAAACCAAAGCUUCAAAUGGAUAGCUAACUCAGACAAAGCAACCAGCUUUCUUCUGAAGUAGGCUAUAUUAGGUAUAGAGACUUAUGGGUUCUGAUUUUGGGGUUCUUCACUGAAAAUCAUGCUCUGUUUGGAAGAGGAAAACUGAAAAUUGUGGUGACAUCAUCCUCGUAAGUUUUGCAGAUGUAUGAUUAUCAACUUAUUGAGUGAUCCCUUUUUGGCAUACAGAUUGGAGCUAUAUUUGAAUUCUUCAACAACCCUCUGUUUGUUGGUUUAAAGUCAAGUAGAUUUAUUGAGAUAUCAUUCAUAUUACUUUCCAAUUUUGAUAAUUCCGAUGUAUUUCGAGCUGAACUUACCGGGAAAAUCCUUUUUUUCCUGUCUGGGGUGAUGUCAUGUAUGCAAAGUUUUGAACUUUUGGUACCAAAUUGCUAUUCAUUAUUGUUUACUUUUCAUCAAUUGAAGGCAAGUCCUUGAAUCUUAGAAGUAUUUGGAGGGUACUUAAUGUUGGUUGGGAUUGUAAAAUUCUGUUCUUUUCUUCUUUUCUUGAUAUCUGGAGAGGGAGCAAAUUAUAUGCAUUGAGUAAUGGAUUGGAAGGGGGUUUCAGGAUCACAUCUGGCUUUGUCUGAUGAGGACAAGGAAAGCUUGUAUCCAGUGUUCUUUGGGGUUUCCUGUGCAUUUUUGGCCCUUCGAAUUCUGUCCGAUGAAAGAUGGUCUGAAAUUAAAAAUGGGAUUUCUCUUGGAAGUGCCCACCUUGUGGGAUUGCUUGUUUGGAAGGUUCAGAAGGAAGAAUCUGAAAAUUGUAAAUCUGAGCUCCUAAAAAAGCUUGAGAAUGCACAGAAAGAGAUUGAAGAAUUAAAGAAAAGAAGAAGUGAGGAUGCCAAGGCUAAUGAGAAGGUUGUGGGAAUCUUUGCUGCACAAGAACAAAGCUGGUUUAGCGAGAGGAAGAAGCUCAGACAACAUGUUGGGGCUCUUAUCAAUGAGUUAAGGGUUCGUGAAGCUAAAGCAGGUAAAGCUACAUAUGAAUUGAAUGAAAAACUGAGGCAGAGUGAAGUUUUGUUGAAGUCCAAGGAUAAGGUUCUCGAGGAAGAAGAGCAAAAAAGGAAAGAUCUUGAAGAAAAAUUGCAGAAUCUGGAGGAUACUCUUGCAGAAUUGGGAGAAACUGCAAAGCAGGAAACUCAACGGCACUCUGUUGAGAUGGCGAAACAUAAGACGGCAUUCAUUGAGCUUGUGUCUAAUCAGAGACAGCUUGAGGCAGAAAUGAGUAGAGCUCUUAGGCAAUUCGAAUUAGCAAAACAAGAGCGUGAUUCAGUUUUGGAGCAAAAGGAGCAGUCAGCCAUGAUGGCACAAAAGUUGUCCAUGGAGCUCGUUAAAAUGAGGAGAGAUUUGGAGCAGAAAGACCAAAUUCUGUCAGCCAUGUUGAGGAAAUCUAAAUUGGAUACAGCAGAAAGACAAAUGCUUCUCGAUGAAGUGAAAUUGUCAAAGGCUAAAAAGAAGCAAGCUGAGCUUGUAACAGAAAGGUCUAAGGGGGAUUCCGAGCCAAGGCGUGAAAGGCAUUCUUUGAGAAGUAUGCUGUCAAGGAAUGCAAAUUCGAAGGCAGAUUCCAGAAGGAAAGGCGGAGCCCAUUCAAAUGCAAUGGCACAAUCAAACAUGGAAAGGCACAUUCCGAACCAGAGCAAUAUUCUUGUUGAGUAUGAGCGACCCGAAACUAGGGUAGGGAGGGAGGCUUCGCCACCAGCUUUGGAUCAGUACAUUUCAGAGGGAAUUCAAGACUUGACUGACUUUAAGCAUGUUGAAGUUUGGGUUCGAUCGCAAGCUGAAAAAUAUAUUACUACUCUUGAGCAGAAGCAUCACUUUGAGGUGGAUGCUUUUGCAGAACAACUUAGAGGCAAAGAUGAGAGGUUAGAAGCUUUUCGCUGGCGAUUGCUCAGUAUGGAACUGGAAACAAAGAGACUGCAGUCCCAUGCAGAGGUGCUUGAAAAUGAUCUAACGCAGCUCAGACGUGCCAAUAUGAAAUUGGAAGCUUUACUGUCCAACCGGGAAGCAGAACUGCAUUCUAUCAAGGAUAAAUUUGCUUUACUGGUGAGUCACUGUACCUGCCAAAAGACCUCCUCAAAUCCUUGCGAUCUGAGUUUAUCCUAUGACACCAUCUGGUCCAAAGUCAAGGUAGUAAAGAGAAAACCCACAGAAAAAGAGAGGGAAACAAAGGAAACAAAUUGGGAAAGGGAUCAAGUGCUGGAAAAUGAGAAAGUUGAUGAAACUUCAGCUAAUAACCAUCCAAAGGAUAUAGUUUUGACACUCCAACCGCCCUUUAGAGAAGUUAAAGAAAGGUAUGAUUUACAGUCUCCGGAUUCCAUCCAAGAGGAAAGUAUCAGUGGUUCGCAAGAAGUUGACAGCACCGAAUCGUCAUCAUCACAAAUCUCUGGGAAAUGCUUUUCAAACAAGAGUAAUAAUACGUCAUGGAAACUGGAUCUUCAUGCUCUUGGACUUUCAUACAAGAUCAAGAGGCUUAAGCAGCAGUUGCUUAUGCUUGAGAGGUUGGCAGGGAAGCAAGAGAGCCUCGAAGACGGUGAUGGCAAUGGCAAUGCUCGUGUCGAGGCAAAAGGCGUUUACAUGCUAAUGGCCCUGCUGCACAAACAGAUCAAUCGGUACCACUCCCUCCAAGGGAAGACUGAUGAUCUAUGUGAGCGAAUGGUGAGUUAGAGUAAAGCAGUAUGCUGGUUUUAGUGUUCAGAAAUCUAGUUGAACUUGUUGAAUGGAACCUUAAUGUGUAUUCUGGUAUGGAAUGAUUAGCUGAAACAUGUUGAAUUCUGCUGAUGCUUUUUUUCAUCAUGUCAUGUGCAGCAUGAAAACGAGCUAUUGGGAGGUGGAGAUUCUAGAGCCGCCAAGACAAAAGAGGAAACAAGAUUGCUGGAGCACUACCUAGAAGAGACAUUUCAACUGCAAAGAUAUAUGGUUGCCACCGGACAGAAACUGAUGGAAUUGCAGUCAAAAAUUGCUUCUGGAUUUGUUGAUGCUGCAGAGGAGUUAGAGACUCCUGCUAGCUUUGACAUGAAGAGGUUUGCUGAUAGUAUAAAAACACUCUUCAAGGAAGUCCAAAGAGGUCUUGAAAUCAGGAUAUCCCGGAUUAUUGGAGAUCUUGAGGGUACCCUUGCUUGUGAUGGCAUCAUACAUUUGAAGAAGUAGUUGCACAAUGUUGGCUGAUGCAUAAUCUUCAGAAAAAGGGACAACGCCUCGUUGGCACUUCCUACUGAUCAUACUGAUUACUGCAGACAUAAAUCUGUACAGAAUUCUUCACUUGACGAAUUAGAAAUGUCUCCUUUCUACUGUGUAUAUUGAGCCAACCUACACAGUUAUCUAAGAAAUCUACUUAGCAACUAGUAUAACUGGUGAGUACCAUAUUAUAGAAUUAACUCAUGAAUCUACCAAAGUUAGAAGCUUCAAUGCAGCUUGAAAGACAGUUUGGUCAUGCGAUCCGUUUCAUGUUUAUAGCGGGUCUCAUGGAAAAUUAAGGUAGUCUACUCUUUUAUAGUAAUCAUAAAUAGAUUGUUCUAGGAUCAUGCUGAUUAUACCGUUUGAUCUUCGAAACAUUGAGGAUGGUUUUGUAUAUAAUGUAACCGACGGUGAUGUUUCAAAAUAGAAGAACAGACCUCGGCUCUGUCCAAAAAUUUCAGUACAAAAAAAUGCAUUAUGUUUGAGCAUUCGGCCUAAAAAAAAUGAUC